AUGAGAUUGAGUGCAAAGUUCACCAUAAAACUAGUUAAGGCCAGCAACAGGUUUAACAUUAAUUCUCAAGCUAAGUAUGUUGGUACAGGGCAUGCUGACUUGAAUAGAUUGAUGAACAUCCAACGUGAUAGCUAUGCAUCAUAUAUUGGCCACUACCCCCUCUUGGCAUAUUUUGCCAUUGCUGAAAAUGAAUCCAUUGGAAGAGAAUGCUACAAUUUUAUGCAGAAAAUCCUGUUGCCUUGUGGACUUCCUCCAGAGAGAGGAGGAUAUACUCUUGCAUGGUAUAUUAGCUACGUUUGAAAGAGGAGGAGAAUUGUAUCUAUAUUGAACGUGAUGAUGAUGUCUUUUUUGUGGGCUCUUGGGUUUAGAGAGGAUGUGGUCUUCUGUAAGGAUUUCUGUUGAGCCUGUUUCAUACUUUUAGCAGUUUCUUGGUGGUGGUUGUGAGGAUGAAGGACUCUCUGCUCUGCUCAUCGUCUUGAAAAUUUUGUCAAGAAGCACUCGCGGGAUGUAGGCAUUAUGCAUUGCUCCACUCUAAUCGGCCUUUUUAGAAGUCUUUCACCUAAAAUUUAUCAGAUUAUAUUGCAACCAAACCUCUGAGAGUUCGCCCAGGUCACCCCUACCAGAGAACCUCUAAUACGUUUUUUAUUUUAUUUAUUUUUUUUUUCAUUUGCCAAUUGCCUGCUGAGCUAAUUAAUCUGGCAGUGGAUUCAACUAAAAUCCCUCCAGAAAUCAGCACCUGGUAUUCAACUAGCACUUAAUGCUGGCAAGUUGCUGAUGGUUAAAAAGUCUCAUAGCGCAAUCAUUUUAAUUUAUCACUUUAUGCAGCCAAGUUUCAACUGUUGUUAGAACAGGCCAUUUUAUUAUUAUUAUUUUUAAUUUUUUUAGGUAGACAUUUGAUAACAAUAACAACCAAUUCAAAUCCAACUCUCUGCUUUUAC